AUGAAUCCAGGAGAAAAGCAGGCGGAAAUCUACACCUACGAAGCGCCGUGGUUGAUUUACGCGUGCAAUUGGUCGGUGAGACGUUUACGUUCUUUUUGUUGUUUAUGCGUCGUGCAUAUCGCUCUUUAUGUUCGAAACGAUAAAAAAUUACGCCUGGGCAUCGGAUCGUUUUUAGAAGAGUACGAGAACAAAGUCGAAAUCGUCACGCUGGACGAAGAAACCGGAAAAUUUUUAAACGACCCAAACUUACGAUUCGAUCACCCGUACCCGUGCACGAAACUGAUGUUCGUGCCGGAUAAAGAGUGCCAACACGAAGAUUUAAUGGCCACGACGGGGGAUUUUUUACGGAUCUGGAAGAUUAACGAAGACGUCGGAGGGACGGCGAAAGAGAAGGCGAAUGAGAAGGAAGAGGAACGAGAGAACGAUGAUGGGAAUACUAACAUCAGCAACAACAACAAUAAUAAAAGAAACUUGAAGAAAGGCGGCGGCGGCGGCGGCGGCGGGAGAGAUACGAACACGGAGAAACCGUCCACGUCUGGACAACAAGAAAAGCAGCAACAACAACAACAACAAAACGCAUCGAACAAACAACAAGAAGACGGUAAAAUAGAACUCCGAGCGUUGUUGGCGAAUAAUAAAAAUUCUGAGUUUUGCGCGCCGUUAACCUCGUUCGAUUGGAACGAAACGAACGUCAACAGAGUCGGGACGUCGUCCAUCGACACCACGUGCACGGUCUGGGAUAUCGAAAGAGAGUGCGUAGACACGCAGCUCAUCGCGCACGAUAAAGAAGUCCACGACAUCGCCUGGGGAGGUCCCGACGUCUUCGCCUCUGCUUCUGCGGACGGUUCCGUCAGAGUUUUCGAUUUACGCGAUAAAGACCACUCGACGAUCAUCUACGAAAACCCAGAAAUCGGCGUCCCUUUACUCCGUUUAGGCUGGAACAAACAAGACCCGCGAUACAUGGCCACCUUUGGCAUGGACUCGAAAGUCGUCGCCAUAAUCGACAUUCGAUUCCCGACGUUACCCGUCGCCGAGUUAAAACGCCACGCGAGUUCCGUCAACACCUUAGCCUGGGCCCCGCAUUCCUCGUGCCACAUAUGCUCCGCCGGAGACGACGCGCAAGCGUUGAUUUGGGAUUUAAGCGCCAUCAAUCAACUCUCCGAAGGCGGCUUAGAUCCCGUCUUGGCGUACGAAGCCGGCGCGGAAAUUAACCAGUUGCAAUGGUCGGCCACGCAACCGGAUUGGAUCGCCAUCGCGUUUAGUCGGAGUUUGCAAAUUCUUAGAGUGUAA